AAGAAGAGCCACGAACGUCUCUGCUCGCGCAUCUCACGUGACGUUAUACCGUUAUGCACAUACGUCACAGAUCAGGAAGAGCGGUUUCUUGACGACAGGACUAGGAAAAAUACCACCCAAAUAAGCAGUCGAAGAGCUCUGGCAAACAUGUCCUACGGCAAAGCAGAGAGCUACCGGCCCGUCCCACGGGACUUCAACGGCCUCAUCCAGACAUGUAGCUCCAACAUCCAGAAGAUCACCCAAAACACUGCUCAGAUCAAGAGCCUGGUGAACCAGCUGGGGACCAGCCAGGACACCAGUCAGCUCCAGGACCGCCUGCAGCAGAUACAACAUUAUACCAACCAACUGGCAAAGGAAACCAACAAGCACCUGAAGGAGUUGGGCUCCACCCCUUUGCCCACCUCCCCCUCAGAGCAAAGGCAGCAGAAGAUCCAGAGGGAGCGGCUCAUGAACGAUUUCUCAGCAGCUCUCAACAACUUCCAAGUGGUGCAGCGGCGCGCGGCCGAGAAGGAGAAGGAGUCGGUGGCCAGAGCCCGAGCUGGAUCCCGCUUGUCAACUGAAGACGUCCCUCAGGAUGAAAAGCUGGUUUCUUUUGACAACCAGGAGGACUGGGGUCAGAUGACCACCCAGGCAGAGGAGGGGGCCAUCACAGAGGAGGACCUGGAGCUCAUCAAGGAGAGAGAAACCAACAUCAGGCAGCUGGAGUCCGACAUUUUGGAUGUAAACCAGAUCUUCAAGGACCUGGCAGUGAUGAUCCACGAUCAGGGGGAGAUGAUUGACAGCAUUGAGGCGAACGUGGAGAACGCUGAAGUUCACGUAGAACGAGGAACAGAGCAGCUCCAGAGAGCCGCCUACUACCAACAAAAGUCCCGGAAGAAGAUGUGCGUCCUCGCCAUGGUCUGCUCCAUUGUGCUCGUGAUACUUGGCAUCAUUAUCUGGCAAGCUUCUUCUAGCAAGUGAGGCGGCUCCACACAGCCGAUGUGUCGGUAGCGUUUUGUUGUGCCCCGCCCACCUCCCAGUCGCAGGCAGCAGAUGAGGCCGAGGCUCCGUCUCUGAGCACAUUUAGACUCUUUUUGUAAAACCCUAUUUAAAGUCCGAUGGGCUGAAGUUCUGUCUUGUCUGGUUUACUGUACUAACACUAGUUGUCAAAGUAUUUCACAUGUUAUUGAGAACAAUUUCAGCGCAGGAAAAAGCAACACUCAACUUGUUAAGUCAUUGAGUCCAUAGCUUCUGAUGUCGGGUGUGAGGAGUGUCUGGCGCUCCCAGUAACGUCCCCCGGGACUCGUAUUCCUCCUGCUGCUGAUGGCAGUCCUGUUUGUAAUGUACAUGUUGUAAAAUGAAAGCUCUAUUCCAUGUCUGUAAAUAUUACAAAGUGCUGCAAUAUAUUCUGCUAAGUACAUUAUACGAGUACUCUGAGUCCAGUCUGCAAAGAAAAUGUUUUUAAAUUGAUUUCUAUGAGUCUAAUAAAUGUCUUAAACACUCUG